AGUCACCAGCUGAAAGUACGAUCAUAACCUCACUUUGCGAAAGAAAAAUAACAAAUAAUCUUUUAACUACAAACCAACAAAACAGUAUUUUCUGCGUAUAAAUAGCAUCGUAACAGUAAUUUUAUUUAAAUAAUUCAUCCCAAGUAACAGUUUGCUCGAUAUUAACAAGACAAAUAGACCUUCCCAAAAAUGGUAGAUGUACGAGAUAUAAUGGAAUUGGAUCAACCUGUAACCCCAGAAAUAACACGAGAAUCCAUUAUCGGACCAGAUAAACUAAAAAGGCGUACAUUUUCUGCGACGAAGGCCCCAAAACGACCUGAAGGAAUGCAUCGCGAAGUGUACGCUUUGCUGUAUAAUGACACAAAGGAUGCACCACCGUUAUUCCCUUCAGAUACUAGUAACGGAUAUAAGCAAACUAAAAUUAAAUUGGGAAUGCGCAAACCAAGAAAAUGGGAGUGGAUGCCUUUCACAAAUCCAGCGAGAACCGAUGGGGCUGUGUUUUAUCAUUGGCGAAGGCCAUCAGAUGGACCAAAAGAGUAUCCAUUUGCAAAAUUUAACAAAAAAAUUGAAAUUCCAACAUAUACAGAUGCAGUUUAUCAACAACACUUGCAAACGGAAGGUUGGACUAAAGAGGAAACCGACCAUAUGAUGGACUUGGCAAGAAGGUUUGAUUUACGAUUUAUAAUUAUGGCAGACAGAUAUGAUACGGAAAAGUUUAGUAAACGAUCAAUUGAAGAUCUUAAAGAACGUUACUAUAAAAUUUCAGGAAUUUUAGCCAAGUCAAGUGGUGAAAGAAAAGUGUACCAUUAUGAUGCUGAUCAUGAACGAAGAAGAAAGGAGCAAUUGAAACGAUUGUAUGAGCGUACUCCUGAGCAGAUUGAAGAGGAACAAUUUUUAAUAAAUGAACUGAAGAAGAUUGAAGCCCGAAAGAAAGAGCGUGAGCGCAAAACCCAGGAUUUGCAGAAAUUAAUUAGUCAAGCAGAUAAUCAAGCAGAUCACUUACGAAAAGCCGAUAAGAAAAUACCGAAAAAGAAAUUGGCAAAUCCUACUCGUCCAUCACGAAUUGACACAAGUCACAUUUUACAGGCUGUUGAAACGGCAGGAAUUAAAUUUCCAGAUUAUAAAAAUAGUGGAGUCUCUCUUCGCUCUCAAAGAAUGAAGCUACCAGCUAACGUUGGUCAGAAGAAAUCAAAAGGAAUUGAACAGUUGCUUCAGGAGAUGGAAAUGGAGCUAAACCCCAUUCCUACCGAAGAUGUUUGUCAACAUUUUAACGAAUUAAGAAGUGACAUGGUAUUGCAUAUGGAGCUUAAAGCUGCCCUGACAUCGUGUGAAUUCGAAUUACAAUCACUGAGACAUCAAUACGAAGCCUUAAGUCCUGGGAAGUCACUGACUAUUCCUCCACAAUUACUUUCAUCAACUACUGAAGGUGAUGGCACGAAAUUAUCGGGAAAUCCUGAAAUAAUUGAUGUGGUUGGUUCACCUGGUACUCCUGGUACAGGUAUCCUUGUGCAGCAGUUUACUCCAGAAGCGCUUACCACUACCACUAAUCCUCGCACUAAUCAGAAUGGAUAUUUAAAAAUGGCUGUUAGCAGCAUGUUACCACCGGACUGUUCUUUAUACCCGGAAUCUGACGAUGAAGAGUCAUUUGUAGUACUCGGGCAUUCGUUACCUCCAGAAUCUAUUGUGGAAGUUAAAAAUGAUACACCAGACUUACUUGACUCGUCUGUUGUGCAACAAUCGAUCAGUUUAGCUUCAAGUGCUCUUGAAAGCUCCUUACCUUCGUCACCAUGUUUACCACAACUUGACAAAGAACUUAUUCUGCGUGUAACAAAGCAAAAUGUGAGCGCGAUGACUUCCGCAAAUGUAUCUGUCGAUCUCAGUCCUGAUGAAAUUCAACAAAAGGUAGAUCUGCUUAUCGAGGAAAAUCUUAAGUUAAAAGAAACGCUUCAUCAAAAUAACUUAGCCAUGAAAAAACAGUAUGGAAUAUUGGCCACUUGGCAAAACGAAGUUUCCAUGGUGCACGCUUCACAUAAACAGAAAUUUGACGACAUAAAGAAAUAUGUUGAGAAGUUGAAAUUGGAAAACGCGAAAUUAUCUGCACUCGUCACAACCACUGAGAAAGAAAAAGAAGAAUUAAGGAAUGAAAUAAAGCAUUUAAAAUCUGAACAGGAACUAGCAACCGAAAAAGAUAAAGUCGAUUUAAACGUAUUAAAAAGCAGCUUUGAUAAUUUGUGUGAGUUUGAACUGUUAUCCACAAAGAAAAAAAUUAAGGAGCUGGAACAGCAGCUGCUUGCAGAGAAAUCAAACCAGAAAGACUUGCAAUCGUCGUCGGUAAAAGUACAAAAUUUGACAGAUGAUUUACAGAGGUUGAGAUUAACAAGCGAAAAGGAUGUAAACAAUUUAAACAGGCAAUUAAAGGAAUCCGAGGCAUUGCAAAAAAUUUUACUCGACGAAAUAAAAGCUUUAAAAGCUCAGCUAUUAACAACUUCCACCACGAAAGAAAACCAUGUUAACUUUGAAGAACAAUUAAUGGCCGCCCAAAUGCACAUAACACAGUUGGAGCUUUUACGGAACGAGGACAGAGAGGCGAUAAACGCAAACGAGGUAAAGAUUUUACAGUUAGAAAAUCAGGUUAAGGAAAUGGCCGCUUCAAAGGAGACGCUCGAUUUACUUCAUGAACAGUUGGAUAUCUACAAAACCGACUUUGAAGCUGAACAUCAUGCCAAACUUAAUUUGGGCAGGGAAAAAGAGACAAUUGCCGAAGAUCUUCGCAAUUUGCAGAGACGUAAUCAGCAGUUGCUUGAAGAGGUUGACCGUUUAAGAGGUAGUGAUUAUGUUCAUGUUGUAAGAGAAGAACAUGCUGCUGCGCCACCGACACCUCAGUCGCCAGAACCUGUUGUGUAUACUUGCCCAAUGUGCUUAAUUCACUUCCGAUCAUUGCGAGUGCUUGAAGAUCAUGUCGAAUAUUGUGUAUUUCACGCACAAUAACGGGUUGCAGACUUCAGAUGUCCCAAAUGUAACCGUAGAUUUGUUAGUUAUAACGCGUUGGAGGAACAUGUACAUCCUUGUAUAGAUAUUGAUGGGCUGUUUUAAAAUCAUCUCAAUAUGUUUGUUAUGUAUAUAAAUUUUGUUGUGACUAUAUAAUUUAUGCAUUUGUAUAGUGUUUAUAUUAGAUGUAUUAUUUCAUGCUCUAAAAUUCGACAUUUUUGACAGAAGUAUUUUGGGUAUAUAACUACCUACAUUACACUCUUGUGGUAUCCGAUUAAUCGAGUUUAUAUUAACAAUGUGUGUAUGUAGUCUUAUUAAAUGUUAUUCCACACUAAUACAUUUAUAUAAAUUUUAAGAAAUUGAAAUUUAUCUUUUAGUGUAUUUAGUUAAAGACAAGUACUCGUGUUAGUAUAAAAAUAUAUUUUUUUAGAAAUUUAAUUACACUUGACGUUAUGUCUGUGAGAAUAUAUAUUGCAUUAUAUUAUGUAUAUUUUGUUGUACAACAAACUAGUUCGAUCCAAUAAAAAGUUUUAAGUUCA